AUGUCAACUGCUAACCAUUUCAAGGACUACGUAAAGCAUGCCCUUCGGCAGGGUGCCACUGAGGAAAGCACCCUCAUCGUGGGGGUUAAUGCCAGCCCAAUUCCUACGAAUGGCAUGAAAGUAGACUCUCAGAUUAAAACACUGAUUGAUCACCUUUACAUGCUCAAGUUAAGGCUGGAAAAGGAGAAAAAAAUGCACAAGCGAAAAAAGAAAGAUUUACCAAGGGAGAAGGGGGUGCACCUGGAAGGUAAAACAAACGCGGAAGACGAACAGGAUAGGAUCCAGAUAGAAAGUGGAAAUCCGCAGAAGAAGGGGGAACCAACCAAUAGGACAUUAAUGAGGAGGUUGGACGAUGACCUUGGCGCAGAUGACCCAGAAGGGGAAAGUUCGUGCCCUAUUCCGCAGCUAAUCGAGACCAUCGAAAUUUACAAACACAGAAAUGCAGAAGAGCAACGCGAAAAAGUCCACUUGAUUGAGAAAUACGAACGUGUCCUCAGGAAAAUCAGAAAAAGGCACAUCCACCAAAUUGGACAAAUUAAAAAUAACGUCCUCCUCGAUGUUGAUUUUUUAAUUCAGAAAUACAGAAAUGUGUCUCUUGAACUACUGCAAAUUGGUCGGAAGAAGGAGAAGGAGAAAAGGGACGACAACAGGAAGAUGACCGAAAUGUGCAUAGCCGCCUGCAGGAAGUUUGAAGCCGAUGUGAAGGAGAGUGCGAAGACCGCCAUGCAGGCGCACCAAACCCAAGCAACCAAAACGAUUGGUGACCUCAAGAAAGAGAACGCAACCUUAAAGAAAAAAAUAUCAGAGCUGAAGAACAAAAUGGAAGAGGACAAGCGUGAGUCAGAGGGAAUGGAAGUGAAGGCACUGCAGAAUCGAAUAAAGGAACAGUGCAGGGUGAAUGAUGAUCUGAGAAGCGCCAUUUCGCAAGAAAGGAAACAACACGAGAUGAAUCUUAUGGACCUCUAUUCGAAGGUCGAUUUGCAAAUAAAAACUUACGAGGAAAACAUCGUGAAGGUAUUCCACGACAUCCUUCUGAGGAACAAAAUCGAAAUGAGCGUGGAGGAGUUGUCUCGCUGCAUUCAAGUGACGAUGGACAAGCACUAUGGACAGGACACCACCCCGCGGAGUGAUAUGCGCUGA